CACACUGUUGCUCGGAGAAUUCGUGGGCGCUCGUGGAGAACAAGAACAGGCUUGCGACGCACCGCACGCAUACGUCGAACGCUGUCGACCUCUCAGAGCAACGUGACCAUUUUCGUAUCGGACCUGCAAGAACGUGCUGCUGUAGUCAUGUCUGCACACUCUCCUGAGCACAAAGUGAGCACUAGCCGCAGCAUACCGACGCGGCGGAUUGUCAUCAACGAUGCGAGUCAGCUGCCUCACGACUACAGCUCGACGCCCGGGGGCACCAUAUUCUCCACGACGCCGGGAGGUUCGCGCAUCAUCUAUGACCGGAGCUUCCUGAUGCAGAUGCGCAACUCACCAGUGGCCCGAACGCCACCGAAAAACCUGCCUGUGAUCCCUGGGGUGACCCUGUCCAGCAGCCCUGAUGUCUCCAAGGCCAGUGGAUCUCCCAUGAAGCCCACAGAGAAUGGUGCUUUGCCAUCUCCGGCCAAGGGUGCCAAGCCUGAAGGCUCGGGUGACGAACCACAGUUUGCAAUGGACAUCUAGUCCGACCAACAAGUGCCAAGCUAUUUCUUUGACGUGCCUCAGCCAAGUGCCCCCACCUCUUUGUAUUUUUCAUGUUGCUGCAGUACAGACAGUCACCAAUGUCAACUGGUGGCUGGAUUGCCUUGCUGCAUUGUUUGUUUUGUUUACUUUGGUGAGCACGACAAGCAAGUGGGCGCACAAUUUUUUUUGUCUCGUUUCUUUGGUGUGUGAAAACGUGGUGCCCAGUUAAAUAAUAAUGGGCUAGCAACAAUGUGAGAACGUCAUCUUUAAUUAAAGGACAUUUUUCUCGUACGUUUGCCUGCAGAAGAAAGCAGCAUAGUGUGCACUCAAUGAGUGUUUUUUUUUUCUUUUUUGGUUAUUGUUCUCUCGCCAACGAAACAAAUGCCUGCAAUUGCAGCCUGUGGAAGAUUGCCUUCUCUUGUUCCUCAUCGGGCUAGAUGAUGCAUCGUUUUUUUUUUUUUUUUAAGGUUGGGCGUAACAUCUUUUACUUUUUUUACAUCACUUCUUACUGCGGUACCACAGGCGCUGUAUUCUUUUAAAGGUUUGCAUAGGGAUCAGCAAAAAAUACAACUAAAGAAAGGUGUGUGGCUCAUCUAAAGUGGGACUUAGGUGUCCCAUUGCUUAAGAUACAAGUGCACUUCGUUGACUUCAACUUUGUAUUGCUCAGUCUUUAAAGUUUGUAGGGGAGGGUGAAGGAAGUGUGUGUGGUUUUGUUUUUCAUUUAAUAGGUUGUGCCAUAUGAGCACAUUCACAAAUUUUUUUGCUAAAAGUUUGAGUGCUGUGUGUUGGUUUGCCACCAGUGGUGGAGAUAUUGGGUUCUCUCUGAUUUGUGGGUUUAGUCUGUCCAUUGUGUUUGCAGACCAGUUCCACUGUUAAGUGAUGGUCCUCAAAAAAUUGAACUGCUUUUGAUUUAGUUGCUGAUGUGGGUAUCUUAUUAGGUACCAACUGAUCUGGUUGGUCUAAUUACAGCCUAACUCUGUGAGCCAUACAGAUGUGUGCAUCUAAUUGGUGUUGCAGCUCUGUGCUCAUUUUGAUUCUAGCUGCGACUGCAGAAAGCUUGCAAUCAUGUGCAUGUGCUCGCAUUUUUUUCCAACUUCAUAUUGUGCUUGGAAAAGUGUAUUGAAAAGCCUGGGUUGAGCAUGCUAAAUAAGUUGCAUUGGUGAUACAGAUUUCAUAGAAAUCUUUUUGUUGUUGUUGUAAUGCACCAAACAAAGUCAAAGGUGCAAAAUUGUUUUUCUUUGACUUUUUAUUUUUUUUCACCAGUGUGGUGAACAUUUAACUAUGACACACGUGCUUGUGCCAUCUCAGAUUUUAUGUAAUGUUCUUUCUUAAAGGAGAUGGCUUCAUGUAGCUUGACAUUGUUCAGUAGUGCCACGGUGCUUGAGACGGGUGGGAAGAAAUGUCAAUGGCAGGGUUGUGCAGUGCUUGGUUUCUUGUUGGCCAUUUCCUUUUGUUUGUAUUGUUCAGAUGUGCUUUUGGAAUUAAAAUUCUAGAAGACACGUUUUCCAAAAGUUUGUUGGCUAAAUAAAAAAAAUA